AUGACCGGUGAUCUUCAGCAUACCGGAGAACCCAUUGCCAUAGUUGGAAGCGCUUGCCGGUUUCCAGGUGAUGCAACAACACCCUCGAAGCUGUGGGAACUACUUGAAGCACCUCGAGAUGUUCUUACUGAGAUCCCAGAAAGCCGAUUUAGCACCAAUGCGUUUUAUCACCCCGAUGGUCUUCACCAUGGCACUACGAAUGUCCGACAUUCCUAUAUGUUAUCCGAUGAUCAUAGAUUGUUUGACGCCCAAUUUUUUGGAACCAAGCCAGUGGAAGCAAACUCGAUUGAUCCACAACAAAGGCUGUUGCUCGAGACUGUGUACGAGGGCCUUGAAACGUCUGGCAUUCCCAUGGAAAAGUUACAAGGCUCUAACACCGGUGUGUUUGUUGGGUUGAUGACCAACGACUAUGCCGAUAUGUUAGGUCGGGAUGUGCAGAACUUUCCAACCUAUUUUGCGUCGGGAACUGCCCGAAGCAUACUAUCCAAUCGAAUCUCCUACUUUUUUGACUGGCGUGGACCGUCGAUGACUAUCGACACGGCGUGUUCUUCUAGUCUGAUCGCCCUACAUCAGGCCGUACAGAGCCUGCGAAGUGGCGAGACUGAUGUUGCGGUGGCAGCAGGGACCAACCUUCUACUAGGACCGGAGCAAUACAUUGCAGAGAGCAAGUUAAAGAUGCUCUCCCCGACGGGCCGCUCGCGCAUGUGGGAUAAAGGUGCAGAUGGAUACGCACGUGGCGAUGGAAUUGCUGCCAUAAUACUCAAGCCGUUGAGUGCAGCAUUGGCGAAUGGAGAUCAUAUUGAGUGCGUCGUUCGGGAGACAGGUGCCAAUCAAGAUGGUCGCACCAAAGGAAUUACGAUGCCCAGCCCUGAGGCUCAAGCAGACCUUAUUCGGACGACGUACACUCGAGCUGGACUCGAUCUUUCUAAGCCCACAGACCGACCACAAUAUUUCGAGGCUCAUGGUACCGGAACUCCAGCAGGUGACCCAGUCGAGGCAGAGGCCAUCAGCACUGCAUUCUUUGGAAAAGCAGCAAAAUAUCAGCGGGAUGGUAACCGGGAGGAUCCCUUGUACGUUGGGUCCAUCAAGACAGUUAUCGGUCACACUGAGGGCACGGCUGGAUUAGCAGCUGUCCUUAAAGCCUCACUUGCUUUACAAAAUGCCGUUAUCCCGCCAAACCUAUUGCUUAAUGAAUUAAGUUCCACGGUACUUCCCUUCUGCAGCGACCUUGAAAUUCUUCAAGUCGCAAAAAAAUGGCCACAACUGCCAGAGAACACCACUCGCCGUGCUAGUGUGAACAGCUUUGGCUUUGGUGGUGCAAAUGCGCAUGCGAUUUUGGAAGCGUUCGAUGCCCGCAUGCUUGCUCGUGGUCCCAAAGUCGCAGAUGAUAGCUCUGUGGCUGUGUCACCAUUCAAUUUUUCUGCCUCAUCAGAAAAGUCGCUUCUUGCCAACAUUGCAGCAUACUCGGCAUAUUUGCGAAACCAUUCGGAUAUCAGCAUCCGCGAUCUGUCAUGGACAUUGAACUGUCGGCGUUCAACUCUGCCGGUAAGGCUGUCGGUCUCUGCAGCAAGCCCAGAAGAGCUUGCCACAAAGCUGGAUGAAGCAGUUUUGUAUUCUGCAAUAACACCAGGUACACAAACGGGAAGUGUCCGCGAACCAAAACUCCUUGGAGUCUUCACAGGUCAAGGAGCACAGUGGGCAAGGAUGGGUGCUGAACUACUAGAAAGCUCACCAAUGUUCAGUGAUUGUAUCGCUCGUCUCGAUCGCUCUUUACAGGAGCUACCCACGGAGCAUCGCCCUGCUUGGUCGCUAAGGGAGGAGCUUGGAAAAGACAAGUCCUUGUCUCAUGUUGGGGAGGCGGCGUUUUCGCAACCUCUCUGUACUGCAAUUCAAAUUGCUUUGGUUCAACUUCUCCGGGCAGCCAACCUCAAACUCACAGCGGUCGUUGGACACUCGUCCGGGGAGAUCGCUGCAGCAUAUGCCGCAGGAUACCUCAAUGAAGAGGAUGCUAUCCGCAUUGCCUAUUACCGCGGAUGGUCUCUGCAGUACGCUACAGACCGAGAAGGACAGAAAGGGGCAAUGAUGGCCGCGGGAACAUCAUUUCAAGAUGCAAAGGAGCUUUGCGAGAUGCCGACACUUGAGAACAGAAUUUGCGUGGCAGCUAGCAACUCCUCGACAAGCGUCACAUUUUCCGGGGACACUGAUGCGAUCAACGAGGCCAGGGAAAUCCUUGAAGAUGAGAAGAAAUUCGCUCGCUUGUUGAAAGUAGACAAAGCCUAUCACUCUCAUCAUAUGCUUUCCUGCGCAGUUCCCUAUAUCGCAGCAGUCCGCAAGUGUGGUGUCGCUAUUCAGCAUCCACCUAGUGGCAGUGCUACCUGGAUUUCAAGUGUUUAUGGAGAUAAAAUUGAAAAUGCGAAUGACAAUCUUGCCGACACAUACUGGAGCAACAACAUGAUCAAACCUGUGCUCUUCUCUCAGGCCGUAACUUACGCAGUGGGUGUAGCUGGGCCAUUUGACAUGGCUUUGGAGAUUGGUCCUCAUCCAGCGUUGAAGGGGCCUGCAUUGCAAACGAUCCAAGAAGUCUCCGGACAGACAUUGGCAUAUACCGGGACCUUAAAUCGUGGCAAGAAUGCUAAUGAGGCUCUCUCAUCCGCGCUGGGUGCCUUGUGGAUUGCUUUAGGCGAGGGUGUCGUGGACUUUGCAGGGUUCGAAAUGAAGGCAAUGCGACAGCAAAAAAUCCCACAGCUCAUAAAGGGCCUUCCAUCGUAUUCGUGGGAUCAUGACCGGGUUUAUUGGCACGAAUCCAGAUCAUCCGUUGCGAUUCGCACGGGAAAGGAACCAUUUCACUCCCUACUGGGCAUCAAAUGUCCGGAUGGGACCGAAAACGAGCUACGCUGGCGCAACUAUCUUCAUCCUAGGGAAGUUCCAUGGCUGGCACAUCACCAAGUCCAAGGUCAAAUGGUGUUCCCUGCAGCUGGUUAUAUAUCGGCGGCUGUCGAGUCUGUCAUUCAAAAGUAUGGCCUGGGUUCUGUGCAACUGAUCGACUUCCAUGAUGUGGUCAUCGGACAAGCAUUGGUGCUCGAAGAGAACGAUGGAGUGGAAACAAUUUUCAGACUUUCGAUCGACCAAGCUCAGGCUAAUUGCGUGUCGGCGUCUUUUUCCUGUCAUUCCGACGCCAACAAAGGGUCUCCAAACUUGUCUCUUCACGCAUCUGCCAACCUGAAAAUUGUUUUGGGUGAGCCCAAACACGACAUCCUCCCACCACAAGCCCAACGGCAAGGUUCAUUCCUGGAUCUCGAAGCUGACCGAUUCUACAACGCGGUUUCCGAGCUCGGAUUUGGCUACACUGGCCCCUUCCAGGCGCUUUCUAAUUUGCGCAGAAAAAUGGACGAGGCAUCGGGUCAUAUCAGCGUCCCAGAGGACUCCGAAAGCGAAAGACCGUUGAUCAUUCACCCAGCCUCCCUUGAUGGAGCCAUUCAGUCCAUCAUGCUUGCUUAUUCCUUUCCAGGCGAUGGACGUCUCCGUACACUGUACCUUCCCACUCGAAUCGACAGGCUUCGCAUCAAUCCGACCGCCUGCAUCACUCCUGGACCCCUCGGUGCAGAACUGUCAUUUUAUUCAACAGUUACGGAUACCCGCUUCGCUGAACUCUCGGGCGAUGUUGAAAUUUACUCUGCACACGGGAGAAAUACUUUGGUUCAGCUUGAAGGACUUCAUACCACACCACUCAGUCCAUUAAUAUCAACAAAUGAUGUUCCGUUUUUCACAGAAAUCAUCUGGGAUGUUGACAGGCCCACUGGAGGGCAAACAAACAAAGCCCAAGAUAUGCAUCCAGAAGGAUAUUCCCUAGGCAUGGAUCUUGAACGUGUUGCCCAUUUCUACUUGAAACAACUCGAGACGUCACUUCAGCACUCCGAUCGAGCAAAUGCUACUUGGAACCAUGCCCAUUUUCUUUCAUAUGUGGAGCAUUGUACAAUGUCCGUGACUAAUGGGAAGAACAAAUUCGCAAAGCCGGAAUGGGCCUAUGACACCAUGGACAUCGUUGCUCCAAUUUUGGAUCGUUAUUCCGACAGUAUUGACAUCAAACUCCUAUCUAGAGUUGGCGAAAACCUUUCUGAAAUCAUUCGAGGAGAUAAGAAUCUGCUUGAAAUCCUGAUGGAUGACAACAUGCUUGCAGAGUUUUACGCCAAAUCAUUUGGAAUUGACACAUACUUGAAUGCUGUUGCGCAGGCGGCUCGCCAGAUCAGCCAUAGAUACCCUCAUGUCAACGUUCUGGAAAUUGGAGCCGGUGCUGGCGCUACUUCGGAUCGAGUCAUGCGUGAAAUGGGCUCGUCGUUUGCGUCAUACACUUACACUGAUAUUUUAGACUCGCAGUUCGAUGAAGCACGCGAAAGAUUCCGGGAUUGUCAAUCCAGAAUGGCAUUCAAGGUAUUGGACAUCGAGAAGGACAUCGUAGAACAAGACUAUGAAGAGGGUUGCUUUGACAUUAUCAUUGCCUCUCUAGCCCUCUACGCCACCAGAAAUCUUGAAGCAACUCUGACGAAUAUUCGUCGGCUACUCAAGCCGGGUGGCUAUCUGAUUAUGCUAGAACUCACAGACUCCGAUGUGAUGCGUUUCGGACUCAUCCUUGGUGGCCUCCCAGGCUGGUGGUUAGGCUACGAGGAGGGAAGGACAUUAUCACCGUGUGUAUCAGAGGACAAUUGGGAAGGACUGAUGCAAAAUUCGGGCUUUUCUGGGUUUGAAACCCGCGUGUCGUCUUCAAAAACCGUCCCUGUGCCAUUUUCCGUCAUGGUUACACAAGCUGUUGAUCACCGUGUCAGUUUCCUUCGUGAUCCCCUGGCGGCUCAUCAUGUUCCACUUGGUGUGGACUCAUUGACCAUUAUCGGAGGGAAAACAUCCUUGACUGCUGAUUUGGUAGCCGACAUCAAAACUGCGGUCCGUCCCCAUUACGGCAAUAUCUACACAGCAUGUUCUCUAGCGGAACUAAUUCUAGCAAACUUACCAGUGAUGGGGUCAGUCAUUAGUUUGAUUGAAUUGGAUGGGCCAGUUCUAAAACACAUGUCACCCGAGACUCUGAGGUCAUUCCAAGAGCUUUUCAAACAAAGCAAGAACGUCCUAUGGCUGGGACACGGUGCCCAAGGGGAAAACCCCUAUGGCAACAUGUUUUCAGGAGUUCAACGCACAUUGGUCAUGGAGAUGACUCACCUCCAUAUCCAUUUCCUAAACCUCCAUUCACUGCAGGACGCUGAUGCCAACAUCAUCGCAACAAAGCUCCUCCAUUUAGAAGCUGCCGAAAUUUGGGAUCAACGAGGGCAGCUAGAAGGGAUAUUGUGGUCCAAUGAGAGGGAACUGGUGCUAGAGAAUGGGCACUUCAAAGUUCCUAGAUUCCGCCUCAGUUCUGGCCGAAACGAUCGAUACAAUUCCUCAAGGCGUCUCAUAAUCAAAGAAGUUGAACGCGCGGCGUCUGUUGUCACCAUUCAACCAACAGAAAUUGGAUAUCAAAUUGAAGAAAAGAACCCUAGAGUCUCUCCCACUUCCCCGGAUGAAAUUAGGAUUGAAGUGACUCACUCUUUGCUCCGUGCCGUCCCUAUCACUUCAUCGGAUAACUCUUUCUUGGUGGUUGGGAAGAAUAAGGGGAAUGGCGAGCGUGUCGUCGCCCUGUCACAUACUCUGGACUCUCAAGUUAGUGUACCGCAUGGCCUGGUGGUGCGAUGUGGAGAUUCCGAAGACCUAGGAAUUCGAUCGAUGCUCACCCUCUACUUCCAUUUCCUUUCUAUCUCCAUGCUGCAACAACUUCCUUCUGGAAAAACUCUCGUUGUGUUGGACCCUGACCUCUCGCUAUCUCCUGUCAUUACGAAAUAUGCAAACGAAAAGGGCGUUCACAUUGUGCUUUUGACAACAAAGGAGGGACAUUGCUCGUGGCCAUGGAUCCGAAUCCACCCAAACUCCACUCGACGUGAAGUACUAACCAAGUUACCUGGCAACGUUUCACGCGUUGUCAACAUGGGUGGCAGCUCUGAUGUCACUACUCUUCUGAAGACAUGUUUGCCGACAGGCUGUCAUUUUGAGAGUGAGAGCACGCUGACCACGACCUGCUCCCAAUCUCAGGACAUUUCAGAUAGAGGCCAGUUAGCUUUACAGCUGCAGAACUCCUGGACGCGAGCACAAUACGACCUGAUGCCCGUCAAAAUGCAUAAACUUGUUUCUUUAGGACUCGGGGACUUGAUACGAGCCCAAUCCCCGCUUUCACAGCAGUCUUUAAUUGCAUGGGGUGAAUCAAAGCUUCCUGUCCAGAUUCGCCCUGCUACCAAACAGGUCACAUUUUCAAAAGAUAAAACCUACUGGCUAGUUGGACUGACAGGCGGGCUUGGCUUAUCGCUUUGUCAAUGGAUGAUCGGGCAGGGGGCACGAUACAUCGCGCUGUCAAGUCGCAAUCCAAACGUUGAUGACCAGUGGCUUCAGAGAAUGGCUUUAAAUGGGUGCACUGUUCGGGUCUUUUCCAAUGACAUAACGAAUCGGGAAUCGGUUCAAGCAACAUAUCGAAAUAUCAGCGAAACCAUGCCUCCCAUCGCUGGUGUUGCACAAGGUGCCAUGGUGCUUCAGGAUACAAUGUUCAUUGAUUUGGAUCUCCCUCGCCUUGAGAAGGUUCUCCGUCCUAAAGUUGAAGGUAGCAUCUUACUGGACGAAAUCUUCCCGGAGGACACCUUAGAAUUCAUGGUUUUCUUUUCGUCGAUGGCUGCGAUGACAGGAAACCCUGGACAAGUUGCCUAUAACGCCGCGAAUAUGUUCAUGGCGAGCCUGGCAGCCCAGCGCCGAAACCGUGGCUUGGCAGCGCAUGCGAUUAACAUCGGUGCCAUUGUUGGUAACGGUUAUGUGACACGAGAGCUUAACAUGGGACAACAAUCUUACCUAUAUCGAGUCGGCCAUUCAUGGAUGUCUGAGCAAGACUUCCAUGAGGUAUUUGCCGAAGGUGUCCUGUCCUGCUUAGACCGCGUAGGAAGCGCUGAGUUGUGCUGUGGGCUAAGAAUUGACGAUGACGAGUCAAAGAGUUGGGUUUCUAACCCAAUGUUCCAACAUCUCGUCUACAAGUCUAGCAAUCUUGUCGUGGCAGACACGAAAGGGAAAUCUGGCGUGUUGAUCAAAACACGCUUGUUUGAGGCUACUUCAAAUCAAGAGGUUAUCGAGAUCUUGCAAGAUGGCUUCGUGUUGAAGCUCCAAUCGGCUCUGCAGGCUGACCCUAAUAAGCCUAUGUUGGACAGGAGUCCAGAUGAACUCGGUGUGGACUCGUUAGUCGCCGUUGACCUUCGAUCAUGGUUCUUGAAGGAGUUGGGCGUUGACAUGCCGGUACUCAAGAUAUUCAACGCAGCUUCCAUUCGUGAGCUUUUGGCUACUGCUGCUGAAGUUCUGCCAGAAUCCUUGAUUCCCAAUCUUACUGCCGGCAACCAGGCUGUAAAGCAACCGGGGCCGAACACCACUGACGUGUUGAACAAGGCAGCCUCAGAUUUUCCCGUGGCUGCAACGGCAUCCCCCGCGGACUUGCCGGUGGAAAUGAGAUUUGCCCUUCCAGACGCAGUAAACGCGUAUAGUGGCAGCUCCGCGACGUCAUUAAUAACUGGAGAUUCGAAUUCCGAAAAUAAUGACGACACUUCCUCGUCCUUUUUUACUGAUGAUAGCGAAACGAGCCCUGAAAAGCGUGAAAUCCAAAGAACUGUGCCUAUGUCCUACGGGCAGUCGCGUUUCUGGUUUUUAGAGCAUUUGGUAGAGGACAAGACAGCAUUCAACAUUACACCGACGUUUAAGUUGACAGGUCGCCUAAGAAUCGAGGAAUUUUCGAAUGCUAUACAAAUCACGGCACAACAUCACGAGGCUUUGCGUACUUUCUUCUUCACUGACAAUGAGCGAAAUCACAUGCAAGGCAUUUGGACAAAAUCAUCCUUGCGUCUGGAGCACGAUGCAAUCUUGGACGAGAUGGAAGUAGAACAGGCCUCGAAACAGAUGGAGGCACACGUGUUCAAACUUUCAGAUGGUGAGAUCAUGCGUGUUCGGCUGCUUUCGCUCAAUCCGGAAAGGCACUGGAUAAUAUUUGGCUUCCAUCACAUCAACAUGGAUGGCAUUAGCUUCGAGAUAUUCUGGUCAGAUGUGGAAAAGGUGUAUCAAGGCCAAACUCUUUCCGAAGAUGGAAUUCAAUAUCCAGAUUUCACUAUCCGGCAGCUUCGUGAGUACAAAGAGGGCGCCUGGACAGAGGAUCUCGCUUACUGGCGAGCACAAUAUACGGAGAUUCCACCUGCGAUUCCCCUUCUUCCAUUUUCCUUACAACCCGUGCGGCCCAAGGUUGCUCAAUUUGGGUCUCAUACUGCUCAGGUUCGUCUUGAUGUCAAUUUGUCGGAUUCUAUUGAUCGUUGUUGCCGGAUGUUCAAAUCAACACCCUUCCACUUCCAUUUGGCAGUAUGGAAGACACUCCUCCUACGGUUCUUCGAUAUGGAAGAUGUUUGCAUCGGCCUGGGGGAUGGGAACCGAACGGAUGCCGACAUCCUUCGGAGUAUGGGACUUUUCUUGAAUCUCCUUCCUGUGAGGUUCUCUCAGCAGCCAGGCCAAUCCUUUGGAGAAUCUCUAAAGGAGGUGCGAAACAUCACGCAGGAUGCAUUUUCUCACUCGCGGGUGCCAUUUGAUGUGAUCUUAACAGAACUCAACGUUCCGCGAUCCGCAUCACAUAAUCCCCUUUGCCAAACCCUCUUCAACUAUCGACCCAAGGUCGAGCAAUCUCGAAGCUUCUGCGGUUGUGUAGCCGAUGGUGCACUUCUGAGCGGCGGGGAAACCUCUUUUGAUCUUGGUCUGGAUGUUGGCAAUGUCGGUGCCGGCGAGACUCUUAUUCAUCUAUCAGCCCAGAAAAGCUUGUAUGGAAUGGACCAUGCUGAGAUCCUUCUCAGAUCUUACGUCACUCUUCUCCGGUCUUUUCUUCAAAAUCCAGCUACUCGUGUGACCUGGCCGGAAUUACAUUCCAAAGAUGACCUCCAGCAGGCAGUGGCGGCGGGCCGAGGCAAAACAACAGGACCGGAGCUCCGACGCGAAUAUGCUAUCACCAUCGUUCACCGCCUGGAUGAAGUUGCCUUGCGCUACCCGGACCGUGUCGCAUUGAAGAACCACGAUGGCAGCUCCUCAAGUUACGCCGAAGUUCAGUGUCGGAUCGACGUUAUCGCCAAUGAGCUCUUACGCAACGGAGUUUGCCCGGGUACCCGCGUUGGGGUUUUCCAGUCCCCAAGUGCAGACUGGAUAUGUUCUCUCAUGGCCAUCUUGCGUGUCGGUGGUGCUUACAUACCCCUGGACAAGAAGGUGGGGAUGAACAGGCUCGCCAUGAUCAUUAAAGAAACUCAAUUACCCAUGGUGUUGGUUGAUACAACUUCCUUGUCUGAUUAUGCGCAUUUGCACACCACGGCGAAAGCAAUCGACGUACGUAGCCUAAACGGUUUCACUGCACGUCCCGUCCGAAACAUGGCUGUCCCAAGCAAGACAGCGGUGAUCAUGUAUACGAGUGGAUCAACCGGUAUCCCAAAGGGGAUUAUGAUUGCCCAUUCGGCGUAUGUCCACCACGUUCAGUCCUCCAGCGAUGUCUGGGAACUGGAGCAGGGAAGCGAGACCAUUCUACAUCAAUCAUCCUAUGCGUGGGAUGCGUCUUUGUGGCAGAUCAUGGUCUCUCUAUGUUCUGGCGCGACCCUUGUGAUUGCACCCGAUAUUACAAGAGGUGAUCCUGUUGCUCUAACACGACUUAUUGCAUCAGAGAGCGUCACAUGCACCCUUGCAACGCCAACGGAAUAUCUUGCUUGGGUGCGUUAUGGCCGCUCCCACCUCAUGAACUCUUGUUUGUCGACCGCAGUAUGUGGUGGUGAAUUCAUGCCAAGUAGCCUGAUCAAAGAGUUUAAGAACCUCCUUCGGCCGGACCUUAAACUGAUAAAUGCCUAUGGACCGGCUGAGAUCAGUGUUGCAUGCUCGGGUAGUGAAGUCCCAUACAACCUGCUGGAUUUGGAAUCUGCGCCAGCGCUUUACACUCUUCCUAAUUACUCUGUUUACAUUGUUGACAAAAAUUCAAAUCCCGUUCCCAUCGGAGUUCCUGGUGAGGUGGUUGUUGGUGGUGCAGGAGUUGCGCAGGGCUACCUUGACGGCACCAGAACAUCUGAACGCUUUUCAAAAGAUCUAUACGCGAGCAACUUUUUCCAGGAAAAGGCCUGGACAACAAUUCACCACACUGGAGAUCGCGGAAAGCUCAAUCGCGAUGGUGGUCUCACUCUCCUGGGGCGCCUUGACGGGGACAAUCAAAUUAAAUUGAGGGGAAUUCGCAUCAACAUUGAAGAAAUUGAGGCGGCCAUCGUCAGUUCUUCGGCUGGGGCUAUCACACAAGCUGUUGUGUCCAUUCGUUCAGAUGCAACCCAAUCUGAGGGUGAGCAAUGUCUUGUUGCCUUUGUUAUAAUGGCUACCACCCACAAUUCUGAAAGUGUAGUUCAAUUUCUCGCGCGCCUUUGCCAAGAUCUGCCACUACCGCGUCAUAUGCUACCCGCUGCCAUCAUUCCAGUUGAAAAGAUUCCCCAGAAUACCUCGGGGAAGAUUGAUCGCGUCGCAGUUAGCGAGCUUGCCGUUCCGUUGAUUUCAUCCCACCUGCCGGAUGACAGCACUCUCACUGCAUUUGAACGGUCAUUGCGUCAGCUUUGGCAACGAGCACUACCACGGGAACUCGGUAACUUUCACUCAAUAAAUUCCCACUCCGAUUUUUUCCACGUUGGUGGAAGUUCCCUCGCCCUUGUCAACCUGCAAUCUCUAAUCAAGGAGAAUUACGGUGCAUCUAUUCCAUUGUAUCAACUUUUCGAGGCCAGCAGUCUACACAGAAUGGCAGCAAGGAUCCAAGACAUAUCUCGCCCUGUACUUGAGCUAGAUGUGAAUUGGGAUACAGAGGUUGAAGUCGCAUCCGACCUUACUUCAUCUCUGUCCGGUGAUUCCGGGCCUAAGGCUUUCGGGGUCAAGACGGUUGUUCUUACAGGAGCUACAGGAUUCCUAGGGAAAGAAAUUCUCCGGAGACUCAUAGAUGAUUCAAAUGUCUCGUCCAUCCAUUGUAUUGCUGUGAGGAAAAGAUCCUUGGAUUCACCCGAACUAUUUGCUCAUCCGAAGGUUGAAUUACACUAUGGUGACUUGGGGGAUCGUCAACUAGGACUCUCAGAGAUUGAAACCCUAUCGAUAUUCUCCUGCGCAGACAUUGUUAUCCACAAUGGUGCGGAUGUGUCGUUCAUGAAAACCUAUCAGACGCUCAAGCCAAUCAAUGUGGAGUCGACGAAGGAACUCGUCAAACUUGCACUGCCCCGGCGCAUUCCAUUCCAUUUUGUCUCGUCGGCUGGGGUUGCGCGACUUUCUGCCCAAGAAAGCUUUGGGGAGACAUCUGUCUCGUCAUAUCCUCCUCCUUCUCGGCCAACAGAUGGAUACAUCGCUGCCAAAUGGGUUAGCGAGGUUUAUCUAGAGCACAUCAACCACAAAUUUGGUCUCCCCGUAUGGAUCCACCGCCCAUCCAGCAUCACCGGUACCGAUGCGCCAGAACUGGAUCUUAUGGAUAAUCUCAUGCGGUUUACCAAAGAAACCCAGAAAGUGCCAGACUCGAGCUCAUGGUCCGGAGUCUUUGAUCUCAUUUCUGUACAGUCAGCCGCAAGGCAACUCCUCGAGGCCAUUCAUCAAUCUAGCGUCGCUGAAUUGGCUACAGGGUCUGUGAGAUAUCUUUAUGAAUCCGGUGAGAUGAAAAUUGGACGUGACGAGAUGAUUCCCUUGAUGGAAUCGGAAUCGGGCCAAAAUUUCCAGAUGGUUUCCCUCGACGAGUGGGUGAAUGCUGCUGAACAAGCAGGAAUGAGUGUGUUAUUGGGAGAGUACUUGCGGCAGGCCUCUGAUGGCCAAGUUCUCCUCCCCAGGUUGAUUAAAAAUGCUGGAUUUGAGGAUUAA